CGUUGCCAGUGGCAGGGGGUUUGUUUACUUCCGGCUGCAAAUGGGGCCGGGGCCCGGCGCGCCCGCAGCUGCUAUGGGGGAGGCGGAGGAGCACGUGCCCGAAUCAGGGGCUGUUUUUACAUUUGGAAAAAGCAAAUUUGCUGAAAACAUCCCAAGCAAGUUCUGGUUUAGAAAUGAUACGCCUUUGUCGAUUUGCUGUGGUGAUGAGCAUACUGCCGUUAUAACAGGAAAUGGUAAACUUUACAUGUUUGGCAGUAACAACUGGGGCCAGCUAGGACUAGGAUUAAAGAAUACUGUCAACAAACCAACAUGUGUAAAAGCUUUAAAACCAGAAAAAGUGAAACUUGCUGCUUGUGGAAGAAACCACACUUUAGUUUACACAGAACAAGGAAAUGUAUAUGCUGCUGGAGGUAACAGUGAAGGGCAGCUGGGAUUAGGUGACAUGGAGGAAAGAAGCACAUUUCAUCUAGUUAGUUUUUUUACCAACCAGUACAAGAUCAGACAGCUGGCAGCUGGAUCGUACAUCUCAGCAGCAUUAACUGAGGAUGGACAGCUUUUUAUGUGGGGUGACAACUCUGAAGGUCAGAUUGGCAUGGCACAUGAAGCCAAUGCGUGUGUUCCUUGUCAAGUGGAUAUUGGAAAACCUGUUUCCUGGGUCUCAUGUGGAUAUUAUCACUCUGCCUUAGUAACAAGAGAUGGCCAGCUGUACACUUUUGGAGAGCCUGAGAAUGGAAAACUGGGUUUGUUACCUGAACAACUGAAAAACAGUAAGGUUCCACAGCCUGUAUCAGGGAUUUUGGAAAGGGUUAAAAAGGUUGCCUGUGGUGGAGGACAUACAGUGGCACUUACAGAGACAGAUGUAUAUACGUUUGGUCUUGGACAAUAUGGACAGCUCGGACAUGGGACAUUUAUUUUUGAAACCCCAGUACCAAAGACUGUAGACUAUCUGAGGAGGCACAAAAUAAAUAACAUUGCAUGUGGGGAAAAUCACACAGCUGUAAUAACAGACAAUGGCCUUAUGUUUAGCUUUGGAGAUGGACGACAUGGCAAGUUAGGACUUGGAGAAGAGAAUUUUACUAAUCAAUUCAUACCUACCUUAUGUUCUAAUUUCUUGAGGUUUUCCGUCCUUUUGGUUGCUUGUGGUGGCUGUCACAUGCUAGUUUUUGCCUCACCAAGGCUGAAGGGCUCUGAAGAAAUACUCUUAGGAGAUUUACAUGAAAACUAUUUGACUGCUACUAUUUCCAAACUGGGUGGAGAUUCAUUAAUAUCAGACACCUUACAGCGAACAUUGUCAGCACGAAUGCGACGGAGAGAGAGGGAAAAGUCACCAGAACAAUUUGGUCGAAUGGUACGAACACUACCUCCCUUGGGAAAAGGCUUGCUGAAAUCUUCUUUACAUAUCACCAGCAACACUGUCCCACCACGUUUAUCUGCAGAAAAACAUCCUGGUGCAGAAGGAGCUAAUAUAAAUAAAGCCCUUGGAUCUAAUGUGGGCUGUAGAACAGUUGAGAAUCAAGAAAACCAAAAAUCUGACAGGAGUUCCCCAGAGGAAGAUUCAGAGAAUGAAAGAAGCCUUGGAAACACAACUGAUAUACUAAAUAUGACACAUGUGAUGAGAUUGAAUCCAAGUGACCAGUCCUUAAAAUUAUCACCAGUUCAAAAACAAAAGAAGAGCAAUAAAAAUGUGAAUCUGAAAAAUGAUGGUAAGGGUGGGUUGAAACAGGCUGAUCUUAAUUUCAUGCAGGAAGUUUCAAAGUCAACUGAUGAUUCUUUGCAAAAGCAGCCUUUGUUUUCAGAGUCACUUGGAAAUUAUUCAGAUUUAGGAAGUGGUUUUCAUGCCUUUAUAGGAAAAACUAACGUUGAUAAAAAGAAAAUAAAAGGUAAACUUGAACAAGCACACAGUGUUGGGAAACUGAAGCAUGAUGUUCAGCAAACUAUUAAAGAACGCAUAUUAGCAAAAAGGAAGAAAGAAUAUUCAGAAAGGUCUAAGUCUGUUAAACAAGACAUAUCUUAUGUUUCCAGUGAUGAGACUAAAAAAUCAAAGGCGAAUACUAAGUCUAAGCAAGCCCAUAAAAAAGAUGUGCUUCUUUCUGCAGACAGUAAUAAACCAGUAUUUCGUUCAUUAGAUACACAAAAAAACAAAACAGUUAAAAAACAAAGUAAAAAUGAGGUGGAUCUUGAAGGCAAAGCAAAGGAUGAAACUGAGAAAUCUGACAAGUUAGGAAAAAUCUAUGUCAGAGAGAAAGAAAGUAAUGAAGAACAGAGAGUAUUUAAGAAAAAGCAGAAUUUCACGAAAGAAAUAGCAAUAGGUGCGUCAUCAUCUUCUAGUGAUGAAAAUAGAAAUGAUCUUACAGAAUAUGUACUUCAGAGACAAAAAAUACACAAAGCUACUUAUGAAGACACAGGAACACAAAAAGAAAUAGAAGCAGUGGAAAAUGUGGAUGAUUUAUAUCCAGAAGGAAGAGAUACUGAGGCGAAAUGGGAAGAAGGUAAAAAUGAAGAAGAAUUUGGUCAAGAGCAGGAGAGUGGAGAAAGUGACAUUAGAAUAAAGGAUGGUGAGAGUAAAAAAAAGAAACACUCUGAGAAAGUUGAAAACAGUGAAGAAGAAUCUAGAGAAGAGGAGGAUGAAAAUGAGGUUAGAAAAGGUGAAGAUGAAGAUUAUUUAGGAGCAGCAGAUGGAGAUGAAGAGGAAGAAAUUGAUGGAAAAGACAAAUCAUUGUUUGAAGCAGAAGAUGAGAAUGAGAGAGAGGAAGAGGAUCUUGAGAAUCACCAAAGAGGAGAUGGCACAGACAGGGAGAGUGAAGAGGAUAAAGAACUAGUGAGUGAGGAAAAAGAUUAUGACAAUGAGGAGAAGACAAGAGAAGAGGACAGCAAAUAUAAGAAAGAUGAGUGUAUAGACAAGGAGGAGGAAGAGGAACAGAAUAAGAGUGAGGAAGGAGAGGGGGAGGAUGAAGAAGGGGAAGAUGAGGGGGAAAAUAAGGAAGAAGGGGAAGGGGAAGAAGGGGAACAAGAAGGGAAAGAGGAAGAAGAGGGGGAACAAGGGGAGGAUGAACAGGAAGAGGAGGGAGAAGAAGGAGAGGAAGAAGGGGAAGAAGAGGGGAGAGGUGAAGAAGAGGAAGGGAAAGAAGAGGAAGAGGGGGAAGAGGAAGGGAAAGAAGAGGAGCAGGAAGAGGAAGGGGAGGAACACGGGGAAAGGGAGGAAGAUGGGGAAGAGGAGGAAGAUGGAGAGGAAGAAGAUGGGGAAGAUGAAGAGGGAGAAGGGGAGGAAGAUGGGGAAGAUGAAGAGGGGGAAGGGGAGGAAGAGGGGGAAGAUGGGGAAGGGGAGGAAGACGGAGAAGGGGAGGAAGAUGGGGAAGAUGGGGAAGGGGAGGAAGACGGAGAAGAUGAAGAGGGGGAAGGGGAGGAAGACGGGGAAGAUGAAGAGGGGGAAGGGGAGGAAGAGGGGGAAGAUGAGGGGGAAGGGGAAGAUGAGGGGGAAGGGGAGGAAGAUGGGGAAGAUGAAGAGGGGGAAGGGGAGGAAGAUGGGGGUGAAGAGGGGGAAGGGGAAGAAGACAGGGAAGAUGAAGGGGAAGAGGGAGAGGAAGAGGGAAAAAAUGAAGGGAAAGAGAAGUCAGAAGGGGAACAUGAAGAGGUGGAAGGGGAAGAUGAUGACGGAAAGGAGAAGGAAAGGAGGAAAGCUGGAAAAAAAAUAAAAGAAAAUAAGCCUCAGCAAAGGCAAAGUAAAAGUAACAGAGAGGAGAAGAAGAGAGAAAGUUCUGUACGAAAUACUAAACAGAAAGUAAAGUCAAAACAUAGCUUGGUGAAUGGAUUACAAGAUUCACAGCAGUUUUGGAACAAUGUGCUACCUCAUUAUUUGACACUAAAGUAGUACAAGCCUCUAGAGAUAUAGUUAAACAAAUUCACUAGGAAGCUGUAGGAUUACACUGUGGUAUUUUUUUAUCAUAUUUUUCUAAAAGAUUUUUUCAAUGUAGUCACAUAUUGAAAUGUAUUAAAUACUUUAAGUGCCAGCUUCUUGAAGAUCUGCAGGAAGUACUAAGUUUUGUUGACCUUUAUUGGACCAAAUCACAUUUUGAGUUGUUGUUUUAUCACUUCU